UCAGGGAAAUAAGAUUCCGCAUGCUGCGCAACGUGCCCCCCCCCGCAAAAAAAUGGAUGACCAUGACAUUUUCCUCAUCAACUGUGGGUUCCCCCGCCCCAGUCAGGUGCUCCUCCCACAAGCCACAAGUUGGCCCUUCCUCCUCCUCUUUCUCUGGGCCUUCAGCCUCUGGCCAGAUGGGCAUACAAUACACCUACACACACACAGUGCGAGUGGAGAAGCCCAAUGACAAGCACGAAGUUUUGCCCAGCGUACAGCUGUCCCGAGUGCCUACAGGGCUUCCAGAAUGCUGUCUGUCUCAAGGCCUAUGGCCUCUCACAUCCGGUCAUCUGGGGCUUCAUCUCUGAGACUUGUGGCAAGGCCUUCCAAUGCCCCAGCAGUCUUUGCCAGCCUCAGCUCAUCUACUGGGCUCCCUGUACCUGCUCCUUCUGCCCCCGGCUGCUCAGGCUUGCCAGGGACCUGGCUCAGCAUGUCCUGGUGUAUUAGGGCAGACUGAGUCUCCUCCUAAUAUGGGCAUAAAACUGAUGCCUUUGGGGAGCCACGUGCUGUUAAUCUUUCCCAAGUUGCCAGCGUCCAGCUUGAGAGAUGACGGUUGCAGAGCUAGACCGUGGCAUCUCUAGUGGGCAAGACAACACCCUUUUCUGGGCUAUUCUUGUUAAGACUGAAUGAUCUCCAGCCUUGGGGUGUGCUGCAAGUCUAUGGGUGGCAGGGGAAGCAGGAGAAAGUAGCAAGAAAGAUGCCCUCACCUCCCAGGGCCAUUACUGGUCUCCUUUUCCCCUUUAGCCUUACCCAAGAGGCAGGGACCCUGAGUUUUAACUGCACCGUGUGGGCUUUGUGACUGGUGGGUUCACUCUCUGGCCUCAAUAACCCAUUUAAAAACUAGGGAUGAAUUCUCUCCUCCCUGUCAGCGGCCAGAUGGUAGCAAUUUGCCAAAUCUGCUGAGACAUCUGUGUUCUUGUCUGGUUCUUCUUUGUUUCUUCCUCUCAGUUUUAAAACUGGGAAUGUCCCGGGACGCAUCUCAAACUCAGUCACCUAUUUUGUCCUCACCUGUGCUCGCAAGCUCAAGUGGUCACUUAUUGAUCACCACACACAUCCUUCUGUGGCUUGAGGAAGCAGCUCAGGGUGAUGCAAAAAGAGAUGGGCCAGCUCCCAUCACACUUCUGCCCCAUGUGCUUACAAACGUGUAAGAGCCUGUUUUACCUCAGGUAGCAUCGUGUCCUGCACUCGGAACUCUGCCCCUAAGUGUGUGGCCCCUGUGGGAAGGCAUUCAAGUGCUCCAGCCACCGCAGCCAGCACCGGCUAACCCACCUGGGGUGGGUUGACCACUUUCCAGGGGGUGGCCCAAUGCAUCCUGGUGUAUUCAUCAGGGCAGGACUUCCUGGCUGGCUGUGGAGACUGAGGCCAGGAGUUCAGGUGUUCUCCAGACCCGGGUGUCACUUCCCUCCACCACUCCAGCCCUGUGGAGGGACUGGCAUCAUACAAGCCAGCCCCGACUAGCUGUGUGACCCAGGGCCGGUGACUACCCCUCUCUGGCCUUGGUUUUACCACCAACACAGAGAAUGAUACCUGACUCCAUUUUCUUGCCAUGUAACACAUUAAAUCACAAGGCCUGGGUUUCCUCAGCUGUCCCACCGGCUGAAUAAUUCUGGCUCUUUGUCUUUGCUGUGUAGCAGCCGACCAGUCACUAGCCCUUUCUGGUUUCGGUUCCUAUUUGUAAGUAGACGGUCUAUUUUCUUUCCUAUUGAAGAAAGUAUUUAUUUUAGGACGACUAGUUUCUUCUCCAGCCCAGAAGGAUAAAGUGACUUUUUUUUGUUUAAUGUGGAACUUUUUUUUUUAAAGUCUUUAUUGAGUUUGUUACAGUAUUGCUUCUGUUGUUUAUGUUUUGGUUUUAUGGCUGCCGGUCAUGUGGGAUCCUAGCUCCCAGACCAGGGAUCCAACUCAAACCCGCACCCCCUCCAUUGGAAGGCUGAGUCUUAACCACUGGACGGCCAGGGAAACCAUAGAUAAAGUGACUUUUAAAGAAAAGUCACAACUUUUCGGACAAAAAGCCAUCCCUUUUGUCUUCCCUCCCUCUGUAUCUACCACGUCGCCAAUGACUUUAUAUUGGCUUUUCUCCGCCUUAUUGCAGAGAAGUCAGGCGGGCAGACACCCGGAACCGUUGUUCGCGGGUGUUUGUUUCCCGCCGGGGCGGAUUUCUGGGGCCGCGUCUGGCCGAGACGGAGGUAGGAGUGGGAGCCGUCUCCGGGCUCUCCGAGUCCACCACCCCGCGCGGCGGACCUCCUGGGGCCGCCCCUCGAGCCGCUUCCCACCGCGCUCGGACCCGAGAGACCUCCGCACCGCGAGCCGGCGCCGGGAGGUAGGCGCUGAGCUCCGGGCGACCGGAGAGGCCCGAGCGGUGCGUCCGCUGGGUCACUCGCUUAGACUCGCGGGCGCGGGAUGGAGAGGCUUUGAGCUGGUGAAUUCCGGAGAAAGAACUUCAUCUACUCGCCCGUCUGUCCUCCCCUCAGCCUCCCAAAGUGUACCUUGACCCUGAAUCUCUCUGGAGGCCAUGGGCCUCUCCCUCCCUAGGGUGGUCCCCGCCCCUAAGCCGGCCCCCUCCUCUUCCUCCACCCCCGCCAUCCCCAUCCCGCGGCCUCAGCCCGCCUCUCAGGGGCCGUCACCUGCUCACUGAUGGGAAUGGUGUUCCCUAUACGUGCACACGGAGGAGGCCUCCUGGCUGGAGCCCAACACCCCCCCACCCUGCUCCGCAAGGCUUCAGUUGUCCCCAGUGUUUUCAGGUCUUCAAGAGCUGCCCGCACCGCAGGAGCUACAGCAUCUCCCACUCAGAACUCCGGCCCUUCGUCUGCGGCAAGGCCUUCAAGCGCCCCGCGAGGUAUCGCUUCAUACGCCAGCUCCGGUUGGGUCGGGCUCACACCUGCCCGCUGUGUUCUGGCGUUUUCAGGAUGCCGGGCAGCAGGCGCAGCACGUUCUGGACCACUUGGCUGGAAGGAAUUUCCUGGACCAUGGAGAGACUGCAGGGGCUCCAUAGAAUCUCUUGAUUCUGGUACAGAAGCUGCCUCCCCUCCCCAGCUGCAGCGGCCGCCCCCCUCUGGUUCCCCCCGUGCCACGACCUGCUCGUGGACACGCGCAGCAUUCGCUACUAGUUCACCGCGCAGCUGGAGGACGAGCUGCGGGCGCUCCCGGGCGCUGCACUCGACGUUCCAACCUUCCGCGUGCGCCGCCUGCCCCAGGCCUUCCAGCGCUCCGGCCACCUGGCGCGGCCUGGCGCCGACCGCCGCACUAGGUUCCGGAUCUGGCCUGGCUGCCCUGCCUCUGUCUGGUCAACGCGCUCCUGCACCAGGACGCGGCCGCCGGACCUCGGUUUCCUCUCUGCGCGCGGGAGCAUCGGGCCCACCGCGCUUUGUGCCGACACCACCCAGACACUGUCGCUGCUGCUCCUUGUGCCUCAGUCUCCCCCUUCCUCGAUGGGAAGAGCCACUCUUGCCCACCUCUGCAUCUGGCAAGGUUUGGCCCUGUCUGCACCUCGGUCUCCCCAUUUGCCCAGCCGACAGAAACUUCCCUCUUCCCGCUCUCUGCCUCGUUUGGAAGGGGAUGCAGGCGGGUCGGCCAGUGGGAAGAGGACGGAUUGGGCGCGUCCGUUCCUUGUGGGACUUAGGGCAAAGACAGCCUCGCCUAGUCUCGUCUACUAAUCAGUCUCUGUCCCAGAGAAUGAACUGUCCCCGAAGGGAAUGGGAAGGGAGCGGGGGGCAGGGGGCGGGCUGUGUGGUUCCCGCGCGCUCGGCCCCUCUCCUUUCUCGCGAUCCCUAGAUACUCAAAAAAAGCGGGCCGUCAGAGCGGCGGGCUCUGGGACGGCGGAACCUUCCUUGCGGCGCGCGCGUUUCCGGUCGGCGCCCUUUCCCAGGGACGCCGCCGCCCCUCGCGCCCCCGCGCCCCCCGCGCCCGCGUCCCCGGCGCCGCCGGCCCGGAGCUCCCCCAAGCCUCGGUCCCGCCGCCGCCGGCACUCGCGAGGGGAAGCCCGGGCCGCUCGGGACCUCGGCUUGCUCCUCCGGACCCGAGAAGCCACUG